AUGCACCAAAAACCUGGGCAGAGAGAGCGCAGAAUAAAUUAUUUGAUUUUGAAAUGGGAGCUCGAAAAUAAAUCAUUUUACUGCAAAAUAAAAAAUAUAUUUAAUAAAAAUAACAUUUUCGGAACCCCUGGACGUGACUCUCGCUUCACGACCACCUUUGAAGGAAAAUAUGAAGGUGACAACAUUAAGAAUAUCCCUUGGGUUAACGUGCUUGGUAAUCACGACUACGGUGGCGCCAGUUACAUCUGCUCGGACGGUGACAACCCGGCCGAGUGUUCGGAUGCCGACGCUGUUGUGACUGCGCUUGAGAAUAAAUUCUCAUGGCAGUCAACAUACACGAGUCCUAACGACGAUCGUUGGAUAUUGAAGGAUCACUUCUACGUCUACUCUAUUGAGGACAAAGACUCAGAUGUGAGUAUCGACAUCUUCAACGUUGAUUCGGGAGAUGCGAGCACACACGCUGCUCAACAGACUUGUUGCCAGUGUUACGGAUACGCUGAAGGCGACGAUGACACAUGCAAGAAUGUUGCUCGAUGUGACAAGCUGUGUUGCGGUGGAAGUACGGACAUGUACGACGCUUGUUAUGCCAAAUUCACCGAAUGGAGUGACGAUUCACGGAAGCAACUCGCCAAGGAAGUGGCGUCUUCGAAAGCCACGUGGAAAAUCGUGAAUAGUCACUACUCGCCGUACGCUCACUACGAUGAGGAUGGCAUGGCCAAGUGGUUUAAGAUCUUAAAAAACUCAGGCAUCCAACUCUGGAUGAACGGACACACGCACGGAGAGAACCACGACUACUCAGCUAGCUACAAGGUCCACUUUGUCGACAAUGGUGCUGGCGGCGGGAUCCAGAAGGAGUCUGCCAGUGGCAUCCCCGAAUACGCUUCGUCUGAUGUUGAGGCUGAGGCGUCAGAGGAGUGGCUGAAGUUGCAGUACCACACAGCCGACGACUCGUGGUCUUUUGCGGAGAGUUUCAACUCAACCGAGAUUGGAGGUGUUGCUACCAAACAUUGCUGGUAUAUCCCGGUGGACGGUGGCACUGGCAAGGAGUGUUAA